AUGGAAGAUGCCGAGAAGGGUCUGGGGGACUUUACCCACCUCAUGAACAACACUGUACGCAGUUAUGCCUGGGAAGGUGUCACCGUUGCCGUCAAAGACAGACAAACAAAGCAGCCCAAACACAUCUUGUCAGACGUGACGGGCUACAUCAAAGCGGGCGAGCUCAUUGCUUUAAUGGGGCCAAGUGGCUCCGGAAAAACAACGCUCCUCGAAGUGCUUGCUCGCAGAGAAGCGCGGAAUGCGACGGUCAAAGGGUCUUUGCUUCUCAAUGGACACCCGACUUCGUUGCGUCAUUUUCGCAAAAUUUCUUCGUACGUCGAGCAGGAGGACGCGCUGCUUGGCGCCUUGACCGUUGAGGAGACACUGAACUUCUCUGCUAAGCUGUCGUUGCCAAGUACCGUUUCCAAAACAGAGCGUAUCGAACGGAUCAACUCCUUGAUGGGUUCUUUCGGCCUUCGCCGCCAGGCCAAAACUCUCAUCGGCACUCCGAUCCGCAAAGGCAUCAGUGGCGGCCAGAAGAGACGACUGAGCGUGGCCAGCCAACUCAUCACAAGCCCGAAAAUCCUCUUCCUCGACGAGCCUACGAGUGGGCUGGACAGUGCGGCGAGUUACGAAGUCGUCAACUUUGUGAAGGACAUUGCCAGGAGGAACAACCUUCUCGUCAUUGCCUCGAUCCACCAGCCCUCUACGGCAACCUUCGAGCUCUUCGACAAAUUGCUACUCUUGUCCCAAGGCAAGACCAUCUACAAUGGCCCGGUGUCGGCCGUCCAGAACUACUUUGCCGAAAUGGGGCACCAGAUGCCUCUCUACAUGAACCCUGCCGAAUUCCUCAUUGACCUCGUCAACACCGACUUCACUCAAGACCAGAGCGCCGCCGAUGACCGGCUAUACGGGAUCCAGUCAAGGUGGAAGACAUCGGAGAAUGCGGUGGUCAUCAGCCAGGAGAUUGUGCACGAGUCGAAGGGCACACAGCUCCGCAGCUCAAAUUUCCAAGGCAGUGCGAACCGCUUAAUGGUUCCGCUCACCCUGAUCCACAGAGCAUUCAUCAAGAGCUACCGUGACGUAAUCGCGUACGGCAUCCGUAUUGCCAUGUACAUGGGUCUUGCGAUUUUGAUGGGCACGGUCUGGCUGAGACUGAGCACGGAGCAGAAGAACAUUCAGUCGUUCAUCAACGCUAUCUUCUUCGGCGGAGCUUUCAUGUCCUUCAUGGCCGUCGCAUACAUUCCCUCCUUCCUCGAAGAUCGCGCCCUCUACGUCAAAGACCGCGCCAACGGCUUGUACGGCCCAACCUCCUUCAUGAUCGCCAACUUUGUCACCGGCAUCCCGUACCUCUUCAUCAUCGCCAUCCUUUUCUCCGUAGUCUCAUACUGGCUCAGCAACUUCCAGCCGACCGCCACCGGCUUCUGGAACUGGGUCAUGUGGCUAUUCCUCGACCUCCUCGCCGCCGAAUCACUCGUCGUGCUCAUCUCGUCCGUCGCGCCCAUCUUCGUCAUCGCGCUUGCCGCCACGGCCUUCGCCAACGGCCUGUGGAUGAGUGUCGGCGGCUUCAUGGUCGCUCCCGCGAACCUCAAUGUCUUCUGGCGCUAUUGGGCCCACUACAUCGACUACCAGGCGUACGUGUUCCAGGGUAUGAUGGUCAAUGAGUUCAAGGACAGGACAUUUGGCUGUGGUAGUGGUUGUCGUUGCAUGUAUGCUUCGGAGCUGGAGGGACAGUGUCGCAUCGCCGGCACGGCCGUGUUGAGGGAGUAUGGCUACUCGGUGCAUAAGAAGGGCGAGUGGGUCGACAUCCUAAUUGCUAUUGUCGUAGGCUAUAGGAUGUUGGGGUGGUUGGCGUUGUACCUGAAGAAGCAGUAGGAGAUGGCGCUGGGG